AAAGGCGGGUAUCCACUCGCCUCACUCCACACAGCCUCAAUAAGCCCGGAGGUUGGGAGCCUUGAUGGAAAAUUACCUUGUGACCAUGAGGGGAGGUCAGGACGGGUAGAGUUAGACUUCACUUGUCCUGAGAAGAAGAUAAAGCAGCAGCAGCAGCAGCAGAGGGAGGAUGGCCUACGCUUUCGGCUGAUCAGAGGGGGGACGAGGUCGGGCCAUGGAGAAACUGAAAGGUCCCGCCGUGGGAUGCAGCAAAGCCACCUGUGGAUGGAGAGCCCUGCUUCUCCCGCAGGUGAACCGCCAGUCGCUGUACGUGUACGGCAGCGAGAUGGCCGUGGAGAAGGAGUGCGUCAGACAGCUCCAGAGCGGAGUCUUGGUCAUCCACCCGUUCAGCCUCAUGAGGUAUUUUCAUGUAUUUGAUAGAUGGGGGGCCAGUCCUGAGACUUUUUCUCCUCUGUGAGUCUGAAAGAGUCUUUAAAAGUUCAGAAAGUUUCUGUGUGUGAUGAUUCUCUGCCUGGGAGGAAAGAUGUUUACCUUUAAUAUCAUCAUUUUAUUGCUCAAAACAGCAGAAAAAUAUAUGGACUGCUUUUUUAGAUGUUGAAGUAAAUAUUCAAAAAAUGCGCAACUAUUUAUUUGUCCAGUUCUCAGUUUUCAAGAAUAUCUGUCUGAUUUAAACUUUUUUGCACUUGAGUGAAUAUUUUAGUUUUACAGUGUUUGUUAGGAUAUUAGGCAACUUUCUGAAACCUCUUGUAUGUUUUGAAGAUUGUGUUUGGCAUUUCUAAGGGUAAUUUCUAAUACAUUGUUGUUUAAUUAGCUAAUCUAGAUCAUAAUCUCCUCAUAAGUGUAGCUUUGUUUAUUUUUCUUGCAAGAAUAAACAGCAUUUUGGCCCAAGCGUAAGGGGGUUUUAAUGCCAAAAUUAGGCCAAAAAUAGCCUCAUUUCCAUCUUCAGUCCCCGGCCAAGGUGUCAUAAGGCAACCUAAAAUACUUCAAAGGAAAAAGCACAUAAACAGGGCAUGUAAUUUAAAGAUACAGGACACUCUGUUGGAGAAAAAUGAAUCAAAGUUGAUGCAAAAACAACAUAAUUAGAUGCAAAUUAAAAUAACAAUUUGCAGAAAAGCAAGACAUUGAGAAAAGAAAUCAAUUAGGAGACAAACAAUUAGUUGCAGCAUUGCAUAUUUCAUUCCUUGUGUAGUUUUUAGCAUGAGUCAGCAGUGAAAUAAUUGAGCAUGGUUUGCAUUUUUUGUUGCAAUUAAGACCAGACGAGCUCGUAUUUCAAAUGAGCAAUAUUAAAUGAAAGGAAAAUUCUUGCAAAAAAAGAUAAAUUAAAUGUAGAUAACCAAUAAAAGAUUCACUCAUGAUUUUAAAUCCUGAAAUCCUUCCAGUUUUGAGGAUUUUUUAAAGAUUGUCCUGCAGGAUCAUCACACAGCAACGUGGCUUGUUUCAGGAGAUGGGCGGUUUUUCCUCGCCUGUGCAGCAUUGUUAUUAAUAGCUUGUAAGGUGAUAACAUGGAGUGAAAACAGAGAGGGAAUGAAACAAUGAGGAUCAGAGAGCGGGGAGUUACGUGAGCCUGGCAAUCAAACCCUGUGCUGACAACAUGCAGUUACAGCAUCGGAGUAUUUAAUGUGCAUAAAUCAGACACUCUAAUGGGUCCUCCUGGCAAAUAAUCUAAGACUCCGCACCACCACCACCCUACAUGGAAAACGAGAUCUGAGGCAAGUCCCACAUGCUCACAUAUGUGUGUUUUUCCCCUCCUGCAGGAGUUACUACAUCAUGUGCAUGAUGGCCAUCACAUUUCUGAACCUGAUCGGGAUUCCCAUGGAGAUAGCGUUUCUGGACGGACACAGCGGUCUGGCGUGGGAAGGGUUCAACGUGUUUUCAGACACGCUGUUCCUGAUAGAUGUGGCUCUGAAUUUCCGCAUGGGCAUCAUAACAGAGGACGCUGAGGUGAGGGUGGCUGUGCUCUAUUUUCAGACACAGACACAAUCUGAUGGACUAUAAUCCCUGCAUAGACAAGCACACACACAAUCCAUCCCUGCCCAAUCUGUAAUCUACCAAAUACACGAAAGGCCAGAUUAACAGACUCCUUUCCUGCAGCGCCCGGACAUGGACAUAUUGGCACCUGAUGUUUGAUUUUAUAACAGGGAUUAUGAUGUAUUGGAUAAAUGAGGAGUAUAACAUCGGAUUAAGUUUUACGCAGAAUAUACCCUCUUUGUUUUCAUCUGCUCAUGCUUUGUUACUUCUAUCUUGCCAAUCACAUGACGCCCAUCUGCGUUGUUCUCUCUGUUUACUCCGGCCCGCACAGGCAUCUGCUUUUCCAGAUUUAUUUCCAGUUGGUUCUCUGCUGCUCUGUUUGAAAGAUUCAUGUAUAUGCUUUGGCAACACUGUCGUACUAAUACGGAUCUGCUCUGAACAUGCUGCUAAUCUCAUCUAACAACACUGUCUCCUUUAAUUUCUGGGCAAACUCCUAAACUAUUGGUUCAGUUCAAGUGUUCAAUUAUACAUGCGGUCGUGGCACGUGCUGCACUGCAUCCUCAUCCAUCUGCUCAUUCUGCUGCUCCGUCCUCUUUCACAGGAAGCUAUUCUGGACAUCAAGCGGAUCCGAGUCUGCUACCUGAGGACAUGGUUCAUACCGGACGUUAUUGCUGCUUUCCCGAUCGGAUACAUUCUGCUGUUUGCGGUAAUAAUUAGGAGAGAGUGUUGAAGCAGCAAAGAGCCACCAGUGUGCUGCAGACUAUGUCAAAACAAAUUAUGCACUUAGUUUGUUUUGGGUUUAUUAUUAGAAACUUCUCUCAGAGCUGCAAGAACUUGUUUUAGAGAGAAAUACUUGAGGAAAAAAAGAGGCACUCUGAGAUACUUCGAGAAAGUUGAUGAUUGAGUUUUCGUCUCUAAUGUUCCAGGACUUGCAAUACAACAAUGAUGACAACCCCUCAAAGACCAACAAGAUGAUGAGAAUCCUGAUGUUUGUGAGGAUCCUUAGCCUGAUCCGGCUCGCUCGGGUGUCCAGGCUGGUCAGGUUUUUCAACGAAGUGGAGAAAGUGAGUUUAAAUGCCCUGGAUGUUGAUGGAACUUUUCCCUCGGAUUCAAACUUUAUCUUUUAUAAUACACCUAUAGUUGUCUAUGUAAUUGAAAAAGUGUCACUCACUACAUGAAGACAACAUCGUCCCUGUUUAAAAUCCAUUGUAACAUUGGUUUUUGACAGCAAUGUGCCAAUAUGUCUUCAAAAGAUGCACUCUGCUGUUACAGGCUGACAAUGUGAAGCCAUAGAUAGAUAGAUAGAUAGAUAGAUAGAUAGAUAGAUAGAUAGAUAGAUAGAUAGAUAGAUAGAUAGAUAGAUAGAUAGAUAGAUAGAUAGAUAGAUAGAUAGAUAGAUAGAUAGAUAGAUAGAUUGAUUGAUUGAUUGAUUGAUUGAUUGAUUGACUUUAUUGAUCCCAAACUGGGAAAUUCUCAUGUUACAGCAGCAAAAAAACACAAAAUACAAUUAAAUAUAAGAAGAACAAGUAUGUACAGUGCAGACUAAAAAUACUACAUAUAUACAAUAAAUACAGACUAAAUAUACUAAACAUAAAACGUGGGCUUUUGAAAUGAGUAAUAAAAGUAACAAAGUAUCAAAUCUGUAAUUCUUACUUUAUUCAACUUUUCAUUUUGUCUGUUUGACAAAAGAAUCAGCUACAACAAAAUCAACUCACCAAUGACUAUGUGAGUCAAGAUAAAAAUCAACAACAGAGUAAUAAAAGAUUCACACUUGAAUUGAGUUUAACCCCAGAAAAGACCAGGACAUUCAUGUCUUUCAGAAAGGUUUUGUUUGUAUCCGUCUGAAUUCAGUGUAAAACUACCAGCUUUAUCUCCAUACAGUGACCUUGAACAGAAAAUGCUGAUUGUUCUGACAAGGAUUAUCAUAAGGGCACCUUCUAGGUAGAUGAUCCACACAUUACUGAACUUGUACCUGUAAUGGGAAUCGCAGGGUCACUGAGCACCUGAGGGGACUGAUUACACAGGAAUUAUACUUUAGCUGCCUCUGCUUUGCUUCCCCGCAGGAGGUUAUUAGAGAAACAGGAAUUACUGUAACUGUAGUCGGCAGAGUCACAAAAGAUAUGACAUUUUAACAUCCCCCUCAUGCUGAUAAAUUAAUGGAUUUCUCAAGGUAAUUUCAGGUUUAAAAUGUGCGUUAUUAAGUCAAAUGCUUUCCUGUCAUCUCCUCCCGGCAGGUUUCAAAUGCAAACCUGGAGGUGGUCCGACUCUUCUUCAGAGUUUUGUCUCUGUUCAUGAUGAUUUUCCUGCUGUGUCACUGGAACGGAUGCAUCCAGUACUUUGUCCCCAUGCUGGAGGAGUUUCCCUCAGACUGCUGGGUUCGCAAAGAAAACCUGAUGGUAGGAACAACAUCUGAAGUCAACUGAAUAAAAUGGAGCAGGAUGAGGUGUUGUUGAGAAUUCGUCAUUAGUUUUAUCAAUGUGUACAGAUAAAGGUAAGUCAUGUAUUUUAUUUUUAGCUUCUACUUCAGGCAUAAAGGUCCGCUGUUUUCCUAAUACAUUGAUAUUUUAGUCAUCCUCCAGCCUAGCAAUCCUAUGAAAUUAGAAACUGGAAUAGCCUCUGAAUUGUCUCUGUAUCCCAUCUACUCAUAGCUUCUACAAGAUGAUUGGAAUUUGAUCAUGCGAUGAUGUAACAACAAGAGCGAUUUGCAUGAGCGUGCAUGAAACACUGAUCCCACUCCCACUCCUUAAGCAAUUCCUCCUCCUCCUUCUGCAACACAGUGGUUUUAUUUUGGCAUCACAGAGUUAAGAUGUCAAAGGUUAGAGUCAGACAUGCUAGCUGCUUGUGAGUUAGUUGCAAAAAACCAGCAGAAAUGUCGAUAUUUUGUCCCAGAAUUAGAGAGCCAAAUGAAACAGUGGUCGCUAAGUUGUUUAUUCAGUUAUUUCAUUUUAUUCUUAAAGGAGCCGCCCAGUUCAACGUUGAUUUUACAUCAAUUUGCUGGUGCUUAUUACUCCAUCUUGGACUGCUUCAACAAUGAGGCUGACUGAAUCCAAUUUUACUACACAACUCAGAGACAUGCUGUUGUAACUGUGUCUGCAACACCUUAACAAUUUACUCCACCUAUCCUGGGACAGAUUCUGGAUCAUAUCUGUACAAUUUUGGUUCAGGUUCUUCUGGAAACCUCGACAUGUUGGUUUUAGGAGUUUUCUGUCUCUGCAUCUGUCUGCACCAGUGUACAACCUCCCUCAUCCUGCCAAAUUCAGGCAGCCAAUAAGCUGCGUGUCUCAUUAUUAUUGCAUCCCUGCUCAUCAGGUCACGCCACGGAUGAUGAUGAUAGAAACUGAGAGGCUGGAGAUCCUCCAAAGAGGCUAAAAAUACCAUUAUAUUGGGCCUUUGAAAAGAUUUCUAGGCAUGAAACUUUAUUGUAAUGUUAUUUGUUGUGAAGUUUGAAAUCUACAAUUAAGUAUCACUCAACAAAAUAAUCUCUUUCAGAACGCCACAGUGAUUGUGAAGUACUCUUGGGGAGUCUUUCGAGCCCUCUCUCAGAUGAUCGCUCUAUCUUAUGGCUCCAUGGACGCACCAACGAGUAAGAACUAUAGAUUUUCUUCAUCCUUGGCUGUAACUAAAGGGCUAAUAUUACAUCUCAGUUAAAAAUACCUACACUUAAGGGACCACUUAGUCCGUUUGUUGUGUUUUCAGACUAUGUUGAGAUGUGGAUCGUCAUGGUCAGCAUGGUGUCAGGCUGUUUGAUGUACACCGUCCUUGUGGCCAACGCAACGACGAUGAUCGCUAACAUCGACCCGGCCGCUAAGGAGUACAAGAGCAAGGUCCUUUUUUAGAACAGGCAGCUCGAUAGGAAACAAUGUGCCUGUACUCAGCAGCUUUGUGCUGUAAUAAUAGUCCUGACAUGUAUUGUGUUGUUUUUUCUUUUCUUUUUUUUUUUUCUUUUCUUUUCUUUUCUCCUUUUUUUUAAAUUGUAAUUUUACUGCCUUUUUCACAUCAUGGCCAGGGGACUACAGAUGAAAACUAGCCUCAUGGCUAAUUCUGGCUUUUUUUAACCAUGUGUAAUCAUGUGUUUUAUGAAAUUGCGCUGUCCCCUUUUAAGAUAAACUAAUCUAAUCUAAUCUAAAUGUCACAUAAUAUUGCUUUAAAAUUAUUCAAUGUUUUAUUCGUAUUUUUCAAUUAUUUGACAAAAUAGUAAUUAAUCAUAUCCCAUUGAGUUUCCAGGAAACUCAAACACUGUUGCAGCUUGAAGGCAAACAUUAACAGUUAGAUAGAGACAGGAAAGGUGGGGAAAGAAAGGAGAACAGCACCCACCAAAUCCUGUAUUGAUACAACCAGUGCUGAGGGGUGUAGCCUGUGUGCAUGAGGCGCUUGCUCUACCAACUAAGCUAAAGAAGUAACUCACAGUAAUAGAUCCGAAAUGAUACGUUUUCAUCUUGUUUAGAAAACAAACCUAAAGUAUGGUUCUACACAGACUCAGAGAAACUGUGAAUAAAUGUCUUUUAGUGUCUCAAAACUCCUAGAAUCAGUAUUUUUAGAUUUGCCCCAAGCAUCGCUUUGGGCUCAAAUAGAGAGUGUUUUCAAACCAACCAGCCCUCCACACGGUUCAUUUACUUAGUAGUUUUGUAAAGUUUUAUUUUAAUGCAUGAUUAAAACUUAAUGAAGGACAAACGUGUUCAAAACUAGAUAGACUGCUCUGCAUAACUUUAAGUCCAUCUUCAAUCGAUUUUCGUAAAAGUUUGCAGAGAUCGAUUGCUGACAGUUAUAACUUCUCCAAAUAUAGCCUGAAUACUCUGUGACUCUCUGUAGAUGAGUCGUCUGGAGCACUAUAUGGCUUUCAUGAAGCUUCCACCUGAACUGUGCCUACGUAUCAACAACUACUACCAGGCUCGCUACGGUGGGAAGUGGUUUAAUGAGAAGGACGUCAUGGGCACUGUGUCCUCGGCACUCAAAGAGGUACAGCUUUGUUUUUAAAGAUGAUCCUUUUCAGUGUCCGUGAUGCUCAAGUUCUCCUUUUUUCUGUAUAUUGUGGGUCAAAUAAAUUGAAACAUUUGUAUGUCUUUAACAGCAAAUCGUGGUGGUGAUGUGCAGCCGGCUGUUGCGAAAGGUGCCGAUGUUUCAGGACAGAGAUGAAAACUUCAUCAACUCCGUCCUUUUAAAACUGGAGUACGAGGUUUUCCUGGAGGGAGACGUCAUCGUACGACAGCACGCCCUGGGUGACCGUAUGUUCUUCAUCGACCACGGACAGGUCCUCCUGGAGACCGAUUCCUACGAGAAGGAGCUGUGUGAUGGGGACUAUUUUGGAGGUGGGUUUUUCUGUUUUUCUGUAGAACUGAAAGCAAAACUACACAAAGAUACUUGAGUAUUAAACAAUGGAAACACACAAUGGUAAGCGCCAAAUGAAGACCAGUAAUCAACAGAAAAUGCUGUGGUACAUUCAUCUUUUUGUACGAUUGCACACCUAAACAUUAAGAUUUUAUGUUAACAUGUUUUCUUUUUCAACUGUGCUUACAGUUUACCUUCUGUUUCACAUGAUCAACUACUUACAAUGUUGUUAUAGUUACCAUAAUAUACUUUUUGAGUCCAAAUGAAGCUGGUUAUGUCAGAAAGAUGUGCUCAAAGCUGUGGCAGGGCUUCCUCUCUGAGGCAUUAAACGCUGCUGUCUCUUUUUAUAAAAUCCUGCCAAUCUAGAUUUAGAAGUCUGUCUUUUUCUGUCCCUAAAAAUCUGUUUACAACAGGAUAAUCCAAAGACCGAGCUGAAACAUAUUUUUAUUUUUCAUGGAAGUGCUUUGGAAUCGAGAGAGUCCAGCUCGCUCCGUGGAUUACACUCACAGGAAUCACAGUUUUCUGUGGAAAGACGCUGCUGUUGUUUUGUGUUGUAUGCCAUGUGGACAGAAGAACAAUGAGAAGUUACAGUUUUGAUCUAUCUCUAUGAAAUUGCAGAAGCUGAUCCAUUCUGAUCCAAGUUUUAUAUUUUUGGCAGGCUGGUUGAUUUUGAAGUUUCAAAACGCUUUCUCAUCGCUUGCAUUCGUCCCAAACAGACUGGGCACAUCAGCAAGCCUCUGUGUCUUUGAAUUUGUGAGCAAGAGAGACUUUUUUCAAGUGAACGGAGUUCUCUGCUCUGUUUCAGGGAUUUAUUUAAUUCUCUGACUUUAAGUAAGAACGGGUCUUAAUCUUUUUGGCAGCGUUCAGAGUUAAGCGGGCUUCCCGUAACAGCUCAGCUGAGUCUGGUGAAUUAAUUUAGGAUUAAUUGUCAGAUCUCAUCCCCGCCGCUCAUUAACCACGCCUUCUUGCUUUCCCUCUGUGUGCACAACAGAGACAUGCGUGCUGACCAAAGGCAAACAUCUGGCCACAGUCAAGGCUCUGACGGACUGCCAGUGCUUCUCUCUAUCCUGGCAGGACUUACAGGAGACGCUGGAGACCUUCCCAAGUGUCAGGAAGGACUUGGAAAAGAUGGUUCAGACCAAUCCUGAUGGUGGGCUCGUGUGAGUCCAAAAACCGUAACCGGACUAUUUUUAUAUAGAUUUUAUGAAAAGAACAGCAGGAGAUGUUCUGUUCAAUUAUGUGAUGGACGCAGGACUGUGACUGGUUCCUCAUAUGGACAAAAAGUGGACACUCCCCUGUGGACGAGGGGGAUAGUUAUAGAGAAAAUUACUAUACAUAUUUUCUGGGCAUUAUACCGUACUCUUAUCCAUCAGUUAUCAGCAAUAAAUCCAGACCUCGGCAGUGAAAACAUCUGAA